UUAAUGAAUAGAAAUAAAACAAGAGUACGAAUUUCGAGGGUCGGGGAAAGACAGCUAACGACGAUAAGCAGAUAAAGUCGAGAUUGAGGAUUUUGAGCAUCUAGGAUCUUUUAUACAAAAAAAUAGUGACUGACACGAGUAUGUGAAACAAAGGAUUAAGUGUGGUUAGGUAAUGUAGAGAGAAGAGUUAGGUAUUGUAUGUGACAAGUGAAUCCCAAUGAGACAUAAAGUUAAAUUCGGCAGUAGACAGAGAAAUAGAACAAAGAAUGAGUGCAGCAUCAAUAAAAACGUUUAGGUGGAUGAGUGGGGUAACAACAGAAAGGAUAAGAAAUGGGUACACAAGAGAUAAUUUAGGUGACAUUAGAUGAAAUAAAUGAAAAUAGACGGGGAAAAAGGAAUCUGAAACAGUAAGAAUUGUAAUGAAAACAAACGUAGGAGGAAAGGAAAAUGAUGGAGAGGAAGACCGAAAGAGGUGGUCGGAAGCCAUUGAGAACGAUAUAAGGACAGCCAGUGUAUGCGAGAUUGGAGAUAUGGUCAAGUGGAAGUUUAGAACGAGUCCGAAUAGUUGCAACGAAGACAAAGGAGAAUAAGAUUAUAACGACUGGCUAAUGCUCUUGAAGGCACGACAGACAAUGCUGCAGUUGCGUAAAUGUUUAUUUCGUUUGAAACAUACGAGUUUUGUCACCACUAAAACGAACUAUAAUAUGCAAUGCAUAAUAUAAUAGAACGCCAAGCAAUUUAUUGAAACAAAGAAAACCGCA